GCACAGUCCAUUCUCCUCCUUCUCCUCUUCUCUCCUUCUCUCCUUCCCUUCGUCACCUUCAACUUCCCCCCUCUCCCCGUGCUCUUCCCAAGACGGAGGUGACUGGCUCGCCUGCACAACUCUCCCGUCUCUCCAAGGUCUGACUGGUUCAGGCCGGCUUCCAGAUUCUGCAACAUUCGACCUCAUCCACCCUUUCGGGACGCUGGCUCGUCCCCCACUACGAACGCUGGUUGAAGGCGCCCUAAUACGAGGACCCCACCACCGUGGGCACAUCCAUCUCCAGGCAGUUCCCACCACCACCUCGCCAUGAGCAACCGUCUCUCCGCCGUCAUCGAAGAGGGUAGGGGGUCCACCUCGACCGCGUACGUCCUCGAAGAGACCGAAGAUGUCUGGACGGACCCAGCAAAGGCCAAGGCGGCAGCGCCGCCGACGCUGGAUAACCUGUCCAAUGAAACAAUGGGCGCGAAGGAAAAUCAGAAGAAUGAGGGCGACAAGAUCCAAGGCUGGAGCGACGUCAGCGCUGCCAUGGCACUUACAUGGCGGACACAGCGACGUCAUCUAUUCACUUCAUGGGUUCAUGUGCCCAUUGGAAUCUGCUUGAUCCUCCUCUGCACAUGGGGGCUCCACCUCGCCGUCAACGCGUCGCCGUGGAACUUUCCUGCGGGCCUGAUCGGCAUGCUCCUCUUCUUUUCCCUGCUCCUCCUGCUCGACGGUCUGUCCCUCCUCUUCCCGGGGAAAGUCGUGUCGAGCCAAGGCGUCGAUAUUGAAAAGGGCGAAACAAGCCUACGCCCCGUCGAUGCGGCUAAGGAACGUCGGCGCUUUGUCGACCCGCUGAUGAAGCUGCUCGCUCCGCCAUGUGACUUUCUCCUGCGCAACAUGUCCAUCCUCUUCAUCACAGCCUUCAUGAUGCUGCCCAUGCAGGGCGCAGUCCAGAGGAAGGAAGUUGGGCUGAUCGUUGCGUGGUUCUUCGCGACGCAGAUCAUGGCGCUGCUCUUCCCCGUCGCGUUCUGCGUCCUCACCGGCUGGAUCGCCAAGAAGAUCGCCCAUGCGCGCCACAGCGAAGUGAUAAAAAAAGGGGGCGCCGACCUCGAAGCGCAGGCACGCAACAACAGCGGCCGUGAGUCUCGCGCGUCCAACUGGUCCGGCGAGACUGCUGUUGGCAGGUUUAAUACCACCCCGCCAGAAGCGGGAGAACAGCUGAGGCCCGGAGACGUGGCCCAGCUGCAGGGCAACGUCGUUGAGACCGCAAGGCAGCAGGGCGAGUUCGCCAGCCGCAACAGCCUACCGUCUCCUGGCGGUUGGGGCAUGGCCAAUGUCACUUUUACCCAGUCGUACCUGCCCGGCUCUGGUCAGUCCGCGCACCCGCGCACCCCACCUGGCUUCCGUGCCGCCACACCGACGUCACCCAAGACAUGGACCGCACAAGAGGACGCAGAAGGCCUCGCUGCACUCGCCCCCAACGCUGUAGAGAGGCUCUCGGGGAGGCUCGCCAAGUCAAUCACGCCAGCAUUCUACAUUGUCAUGUUCAUCGUCGGCUUGCCUCUCUUCUACCUCUGCAACUUUUCCCUCGUCCUCUUCCUCUCCGUCCCCGUGCUCGCCUUCCUCUUCGCCAUCGACGUCAUUCCUGCGUGCAUCCGCCAAUUCUUCCACCCGAUCCUCAGCGGUGGGACCAUCACCUUCCUUGUCCUCUGGGGCCUGGGCGAGGCGAAGGGCAUGAACAUCUACGCCACCAUCCAGGCUUUCAACCACGGCACCGCGCGUUAUACCCAUCUUCUCAAUCCGAAAGGCUAUCACGGUCCGAUCCCUGGCGCAGGCGACGUCUUCGCCUCGCUCCUCGAUGCUGCACUGGUCGCGCUCGCCUUGCCCUUGUACCGCUACCGCUACGACCUGCGCGACAACUUUGUCCGCAUGUUCCUCGCCCUCCUGCCCGCCACGGCGCUGUCGCUUUUCGCCUGGCCCGCGCUGGGCCGCCUCGUUGGCCUAUCGCAGGUACACGCGCUCUCCUUUGCCGCACGCUUCAUGAGCGCCGACAUGGGUGUCAAGCUGACCAGCAACCUCGACGGCGACGAGCGACUUGUCACCCUCCUCAUCGUCCUCACGGGCGUCGGCGUCGCGAUCAUUAAGGAUCCGCUCUUUCGCCUGCUUCGGGUCCCCGAGAGCGACCACCUCACCUGGGGUGUCACGGUCGGCACUACAGGUGCUGCGAUCGGAGCCAGCUCCCUUGUCGCAAAACCGCGCGCGAUGGCUAUUGCCACUCUCACAUACGUCCUUUUCGGACUGAUCAUGCUCUUCGCUACCGCUUUCCAGCCGGUCGUGGACAUCGUGCAUAAUCUCACAGGCGGUACACCUAGCAUUAUUGAUGCUGUCGGCCUGGGCAACUGAACGACUGGCAGGAUCAUCCGCCAUACCGCUUCAUUGCUAUCCAUGUAAAACGGACCUCAUCGUCCAUAUAAUCGAGCGAAAUUGUCAUAAAAUGGUGACUUUAGUACAUGCACGGCAGGGGAAGCAACGUCGGCAGUGAGAGAAAAGACAAGGGUAAUAGCAAUGAUAAUGGAGGCAUCCAAGCAACGCAAUACCUUGAAGGCGUUACUGCAAUGUGAAUGUUUGACUGGUUCCAGUGAAGU